AUGGAAAAGUUUGCAGUUGAUAUAAAGAAGCUUGUCCAGACAAAGAGGGAAGAUGACAGUCGAAAGAAUUAUUUUUUUAUAGGAAUGACACAUUUUCAACCAAAGUAUUCCCCUUCCAGCUUGCUUUUGAAGAGCAGCAAAGCUUCCUUUGAGCUUCAGAUUACAAAUGAACGCUUGAAGAGGCCAUCUCUGUCUUUGACAAAGACGGAAAUUGGUUACUUUGUUGUAGACCCUGCCAACCUUUCCGAUUCAGUCCUUACGGGGAGAAAAACAUUUGUGAAUCCACCUGAAUACUUGAAAGGCCGGCUUUUCAGCCCCGAUAUACACUACACAGUGUAUCAGGCACACACUGGGGAUCUUACAGUGAGACCCACUUGCAAGCCUGGCUUUUCGGAAGAAGACUACACCGCCUCGGUUUCCCCGAACAUCGCGGAAGGGCAGAAGUUACUCAAAGUAAAAUUUAAUGGCUGUGUCGGGAACAAGGGAGUUCGGUACGAAACCAACAACUUGGACUUCAAGGUGAGGACAGAUGGGACUGUCUAUGCUGCCCAUCCGGUGCAUACCCCUUCAAAGCAGACAAUGUUUGUGGUGACUGCCUGGGACCACCAAACCCUAGAGAGAUGGGAAACAAUGGUCAGACUGCUGGUGGGAGACAAGUCGCAACACAGUGGUCACAAGCAAAAAGGAAAGAAGAAUGCAUCUGCCGACCUCAUACAGCAACAGAGUGACACUUUAUUGCCAUGGCGCCAGCACCAAAAUUCAAACGGGCUGAGACGGCAAAAGAGAGACUGGGUCAUUCCACCAAUCAAUGUACCGGAAAACUCAAGAGGUCCUUUUCCACAACAGUUGGUUCGGAUUCGUUCUGAUAAGGACAGUGAGAUCCACAUCAGAUACAGCAUCACUGGAGUAGGAGCCGACCAGCCUCCUAUGGAAGUCUUCAGCAUCGAUCCCGUAUCUGGCAGGAUGUACGUCACCCGUCCGAUGGACAGAGAAGAAAGGGCUUCCUACCAUCUCAGGGCUCAUGCAGUCGAUAUGAAUGGAAACAAGGUGGAGAACCCCAUUGACCUCUACAUCUAUGUGAUUGAUAUGAAUGACAACAGACCUGAGUUUAUAAACCAAGUCUAUAAUGGAUCUGUUGAUGAAGGAUCUAAACCAGGUACCUAUGUGAUGACAGUGACUGCAAAUGAUGCAGAUGAUAGUACUACAGCCAAUGGGAUGGUGAGAUACCGAAUUGUAACUCAAACCCCACAGAGUCCAUCGCAGAAUAUGUUUACCAUUAACAGUGAAACGGGAGACAUUGUCACAGUGGCUGCUGGACUGGACAGAGAGAAAGUUCAGCAAUACAUAGUCAUCGUUCAAGCUACAGAUAUGGAAGGAAAUCUUAACUAUGGUCUCUCAAACACAGCAACUGCAAUCAUUACGGUGACAGAUGUGAAUGACAAUCCACCAGAAUUCACUACCAGCACUUAUUCGGGGGAGGUGCCCGAAAACCGCGUGGAAGUUGUAGUCGCAAAUUUGACGGUGAUGGACCGGGACCAGCCCCACUCGCCCAACUGGAACGCCGUGUACCGCAUCAUCAGCGGAGACCCCUCUGGUCACUUCACCAUCCGGACGGACCCCAUCACCAACGAAGGCAUGGUAACUGUGGUGAAGGCAGUGGAUUAUGAGAUGAACAGAGCUUUCAUGCUGACGGUGAUGGUAUCAAACCAAGCUCCGCUGGCAAGUGGAAUCCAGAUGUCCUUCCAGUCUACAGCGGGAGUCACCAUUUCGGUCACGGACGUCAACGAGGCACCGUAUUUCCCAACCAACCAAAAGUUAAUCCGACUGGAGGAAGGGGUGCCCACGGGGACGGUGUUGACGACGUUUUCAGCCGUGGAUCCCGACCGCUUCAUGCAGCAAGCAGUAAGAUACUCGAAGCUGUCAGAUCCUGCAAACUGGCUGAACAUUAAUGCCACAAACGGUCAGAUCACUACUGCUGCUGUCCUUGAUCGAGAGUCAGCCUACAUUAAGAAUAAUGUCUACGAGGCCACAUUCUUGGCGGCUGACAACGGUAUCCCCCCAGCGAGCGGCACUGGCACACUGCAGAUCUACCUAAUUGACAUCAAUGAUAAUGUCCCGGAGCUGCUGCCAAAGGAGGCGCAGAUCUGCGAAAAGCCCAACCUGAAUGUCAUCAACAUAACAGCCGCGGAUGCUGACAUCGAUCCAAACGUGGGGCCCUUCGUCUUCGAGCUGCCAAGCGUGCCAUCUGCAGUGAGGAAGAACUGGACCAUCACCCGGCUAAAUGGUGACUACGCCCAGCUCAGUUUGCGAAUCAUGUACCUGGAGGCCGGCGUGUACGACGUCCCAAUCACCGUGACGGAUUCGGGGAACCCUCCCUUGUACAAGACGUCUAUCAUUAAAGUGAAAGUGUGUCCCUGUGAUGAGAAUGGAGACUGCACAACCAUCGGGGCCGUUGCGGCAGCUGGACUGGGCACAGGUGCCAUCAUUGCCAUCUUGAUAUGCAUCAUUAUUUUGCUGACCAUGGUUUUGCUGUUUGUGGUGUGGAUGAAGCGCAGGGAAAAGGAACGGCAUACGAAGCAGCUGCUGAUCGACCCCGAGGACGACGUCAGGGACAACAUUCUGAAAUACGACGAGGAAGGAGGCGGAGAGGAAGACCAGGAUUAUGAUUUAAGCCAACUUCAGCAGCCAGAGACCAUGGAUCACGUCUUGAACAAAGCAGCUGGAGUCAGACGGGUAGAUGAGAGACCCGUCGGUGCUGAACCCCAGUAUCCUAUAAGACCAGUAAUCCCCCAUCCUGGGGAUAUUGGUGACUUUAUUAAUGAGGGCCUGAGAGCAGCUGAUAACGACCCCACCGCCCCACCCUACGAUUCUCUACUGGUCUUUGACUAUGAGGGCAGUGGUUCUACCGCGGGCUCUGUCAGCUCCCUCAACUCCUCCAGUUCUGGUGAUCAGGAUUAUGACUACCUUAAUGACUGGGGGCCCAGGUUCAAGAAACUGGCAGACAUGUACGGGGGAGGAGAGGAAGAUUAAACUGACCUCAUAUUGUUGUUAAAAAAAAAAGAAGAAGAAAAAAAAUUUUAAAAAAAGAUGACGAUGGUAAAAAUAGAGAAGACAAAGAAGCAAGAAGUGUACAGAAGUGGCAGCUUUUUUAAUUAAU